CAUACCUUAAUCAAAUCUCCACUCUAUAUAUAACUAUAUAAGUAGUAGCAUCCCUUCACAACCUCUCAAGCGCUUAUAAUUAUAUAAACACCCUUUCUAGUUUCUAUAUUCUUCUUGUUCUGAAUUUCUCACAUCAUAUAUUUUUCUUUUUUUAACUCUAAUGAAGAAAGAAUUACAACAACUUAUUCCUGGAUUACCAGAUGAUAUUGCCCUUGAAUGCCUAAUUCGUAUCCAAACACCAGAUUAUCUAGCCGCAACCGGUGUUUGCAGCCGGUGGCGCGGCUUACUCAAAAGUAGUGAGUUUUCUCAUCUUCGUAAACAGAACGGGUUAACCCGUUUAUAUGCCUGUUUGGUUCAAGGGAAGUCCGAAACUCCUGGGUCAAAACCAGCUGGUCCUACCGAUUUUGGGAUUUCCAUGUUUGACUCGGUGACUCGGUCUUGGGACCGAGUUGACUCGUCCCCUGUUUAUCCAACUCGUCUCCCGCUGUUUUGCCAGGUUGCUAGCUCUGAGGGGAAGCUUGUCCUUAUGGGUGGGUGGGACUCAGAGAACUACGAACCCGUGACUCGGGUUUUUGUGUACGAUUUUUUAACUAGGAGAUGGAAGCAAGGCAAGGACAUGCCCUCCAAACGAUCGUUUUUCGCUAUCGGAGGGCUAAACGGGCGUAUAUACGUCGCAGGUGGACAUGAUUCUGAUAAAAAUGGUUUGAACUCUGUUUGUGUUUACGAUAUCUUGGAGGACGAGUGGACCGAGUUGACACCAAUGAACCAAGUCCGAGAUGAGUGCCAAGGCCUGAUCAUUGGGUCUGAAUUUUGGGUCAUUAGUGGAUAUGCUACCGAGAAUCAAGGCGAAUUCAAGCCGAGUGCGGAGAUUUAUGAUGUAAAUUCGGAUGUGUGGGGUCGAGUCGAGGAUGCGUGGUUGGGUGGUGGCAGCCCAAGGUCGUGUGCUGGGGUGGGAAAAAAUAGGGACUUGAUCAAUUGGGGUGAGUCAAUCUCAGAUGUCCGAUUUGGGACGUGUGCAGUUGAGUUGGGUGACCGAGUACUAGUGAGUGGCGCAGUGCGUGAAGGUGCAACUCGCGGUUUUUUACUUGGUAAGAUGCAAAAGAAUGGAAAGUAUGGAGAGUUUGAGAAAUUGGUGGAUGUGCCUGAUGAGUUCUCGGGUCUUGUACAAUCUGGUUGCUACGUUGAGGUUUAAGAAGUUUCCUUCUUUUUUGGUAUUUCCAAUUUUACCUGUUUACAUAAUCGAAAGUCUUGGCAAACUUUAUAGUACUUAGGAGAAGUAUUUGCUUACUUUUGGAUUGUAAAUUUGUAACUUGUACAUAACUACAUAUACAAGUAUGUAAAAUUUUGUUUGGAAUUGAACUUCAUGGGUUUUUAGGA